AUGGCGACGUUCCGUGCGUAUUGUGCCUGUGUUCCUUGUAAAGUGGCCUCAACGCGGCAAUCUCGGCGUCCGCAGCGAAUCAAACUGAGUUUCAGCCGCAACUUCUCGAUAAAUAUGUCGUGCUAGUACCGCGAAAGCAAAGAACGAUGAGCUUCUCGAGUGAUGAAGUCAACUUUUUGGUUUACCGGUACCUUCAAGAAUCUGGAUUUCAGCAUUCUGCGUACACAUUUGGUAUAGAAUCGCAUAUAUCGCAGAGUAAUAUUAAUGGAGCGUUAGUACCGCCAGCAGCGCUUUUGUCGAUUCUACAGAAAGGGCUGCAGUACACAGAGGCAGAGAUAUCAAUAGGUGAAGAUGGAACUGAACAGAGAAUGGUGGAAUCCUUGUCUCUUAUCGACGCCGUUAUGCCGGACGUUGUGGCGUCAAGGCAAAAUCAAAUUAACCAACAAAAGCAACAGGUGAAAACAGAAGUACAAGAUACAAAUGGGGAAGAAGUUGUUACCUCCAAUGAAGGUGUAGGCACAAAUGAGAGAGGAGGAGAUAGGACAGAAAUGGAAGUAGAUGAACAACAACAAGGUUCAGGCAGGGGAACUAAUGCUAGCGCUGUUGAAAUUCCAGACACUAAAGCUACAAUAUUACGUGGUCAUGAAUCGGAAGUUUUCAUAUGUGCAUGGAAUCCAACAACUGAUCUUUUGGCUUCUGGUUCAGGAGAUAGCACAGCUCGUAUUUGGGAUAUGUCCGGUAGUUCUCAAGCUCCGAAUCAGCUUGUCCUCCGUCAUUGCAUACAAAAAGGUGGUACAGAGGUGCCAAGCAACAAAGAUGUUACUUCGUUGGAUUGGAAGUGCGAUGGUACCUUAUUAGCGACAGGAAGUUACGAUGGUUAUGCACGAAUUUGGAAGACAGACGGUAAAUUAGCAUCCACAUUAGGUCAGCACAAAGGUCCAAUUUUUGCAUUAAAGUGGAACAAACGUGGUAACUAUAUAUUAAGUGCCGGGGUUGACAAAACCACCAUCAUAUGGGACGCAGAAAGUGGACAAUGUACUCAACAAUUUAGUUUUCAUUGUGCACCUGCAUUGGAUGUUGAUUGGCAAACAAAUACAUCAUUUGCUAGUUGUUCUACUGACCAAUGCAUUCAUGUAUGCAAACUUAAUGUUGAUAAACCAAUCAAGAGCUUCCAAGGUCAUACGAAUGAAGUUAAUGCUAUAAAAUGGGAUCCUCAAGGCAACUUAUUGGCCAGUUGUUCAGAUGACAUGAGCCUUAAAAUUUGGUCAAUGAAACAAGACACAUGGGUACACGAUCUACAAGCUCAUAGCAAAGAAAUCUAUACUAUUAAAUGGUCUCCGACUGGACCUGGUACCCACAAUCCAAAUAUGAAUUUAACUUUAGCUAGUGCAUCAUUUGAUUCGACUGUAAGGUUAUGGGAUGUGGAAAGAGGUGCAUGUAUACACAGACUUACGAAACAUACGGAACCAGUGUAUAGCGUAGCAUUUAGUCCGGAUGGUAAAUUCCUUGCUAGUGGAAGUUUCGACAAAUGUGUUCAUAUUUGGUCUACUCAGAACGGUCAAUUGGUGCACAGUUACCAAGGUACUGGUGGAAUUUUCGAAGUUUGUUGGAACAGUCGAGGAGAUAAAGUUGGUGCUUCUGCAUCCGAUGGCAGUGUAUUUGUCCUUGAUCUUCGUAAAAUGUGAUCGCAAGUGAAUUAUAGACUAUAUUUUAUUUCUUGGAAUUAUUAUCAUUCUAAGUUACCUUCAAUAAUUCUUGUUUUACUUUCGUUCUGUUCUUUAUUAUCCGGAAUGCUAGCCACAUUUAUCAAUUAUUUGAUCUAUUCUUGCUUGUUGAGUACGUAGUUCCGUAGGAUAUUAAUUAUUUAUACACAGAAUUAAAACGGCUCGAUAAUUUGCGAGCUGAACGUAAAUAUGAAAUGGAGGAUAUGUGGCUUUCUUUUAAUUGUUUUGCUGGAAUUUUGUUAAAAAUGUUUAUAAAGAAGCAUUGUACAUUAAUAUUUUCAACGACAACACUGUACAAUUUGAGACAUUAUGACAGAUAUAUUUCCAGAGAAAAAAGAUACUAUCCUCGUUCACGUGAGUGAAUGGGGUACAUGUUAUAAUUUUAAUGAGAAUAUUAAGCAUUGUACGAAACGUCGAUAAUAAUAAGGAAUGAAAUAAAUCUUUUUAAAAAAUAGUA